ACUAAUCAACCACCAGAAAGAAACAAUUAAAAAACACACAAAAACUGCAAUCAUCUGCUUUCGAACAAAAACACUCAUCAUGAAGAAGUUCGAAUCGAUUUAGACGGGUUUGGUUUAUUGUGUUUCGUAACGUAUUUUCAACCGUAAGGAAGUGGGAAACAAUGGAGUGUUCGGUGUUCCAUCACGUGGUGAUUGUGUUGAUGUUACUUUGGCUUCUCUCUUACUUGAAUAGAUCACACGCCCUUUUGUAUUUCCUCGCCCUCGUUUACCUCUACCUGGUUCAUGAGCGUUACGUGAUGAGACUGAGGAAGAAGUUUCAGUUUGAAGAGAGGAAGCAAGCUAACCAGAAACGGGUUCUAUCUGAUUCUGAAUCGGUGCGGUGGUUGAAUCAUGCCGUGGAGAAGAUAUGGCCUAUUUGUAUGGAACAGAUUGCCUCUCAGAAGAUUCUUCGCCCCAUCAUACCUUGGUUCUUAGACAAGUAUAGACCUUGGACCGCGAAAGAAGCUUUGAUACAACAUCUCUAUUUGGGAAGAAACCCUCCUUUGUUGACUGAUUUAAGAGUGCUAAGGCAAUCUACUGGUGAUGAUCACUUGGUGCUGGAACUUGGAAUGAACUUCCUCACAGCAGAUGAUAUGAGCGCAAUACUCGCUGUGAAGUUGAGGAAAAGACUUGGGUUUGGGAUGUGGACUAAGUUACAUCUCACAGGGAUGCAUGUCGAAGGAAAGGUGUUGAUUGGAGUGAAGUUCCUUCGUAGAUGGCCGUUUCUGGGGCGGUUACGCGUCUGUUUUGCAGAGCCGCCUUAUUUCCAAAUGAAUGUGAAACCAAUCUUCACUCACGGAGUUGAUGUUACUGUCCUUCCAGGAAUUGCAGGAUGGCUAGACAAACUCUUGUCUAUUGCAUUUGAGCAGACUCUUGUUGAGCCAAAUAUGCUUGUAGUUGAUAUGGAGAAGUUUGUUAGCCCACAAUCAGGAGAGAAUUGGUUCUUUGUUGAUGAGAAAGAACCAGUUGCACACGCUCUUGUUGAAGUCGUUGAAGCAUCUGAUGUUAAACCAUCAGAUCUAAACGGUUUUUCUGAUCCUUAUGUGAAAGGCCAGCUCGGCGCCUGCAGAUUCAAAACCAAGAUACUAAAGAAAACGCUCUCUCCCAAAUGGCAAGAAGAGUUCAAGAUCCCAAUCUUGACGUGGGACUCUCCAAACAUCCUCAACUUCGAAGUCCAAGACAAAGACCGGUUCAGCGACGACAGCCUCGACGACUGUUCAGUCAACAUCGCAGGGUUUAAAGGCGGGGAGAGAAACGAUAUGUGGCUGCCUCUUCAGAACAUCAAGAUGGGGAGGCUUCACCUCGCUAUUACAGUGACCGAGGACGAAGCAAAGGUGGAUGAUGCUGAUGAUCCGUUUGAAGGAGCGACGAUAAGUAAAGAAGACAUGUGGGCUUCCUUUGCUACUGAUGAUGCAAAUAGAGGCUCAUUCUCUUCGGUGGUGUCUGAUAAGUCUCCGAGAGUUAGGGAUAAUCUUGAACCGAUUAACAUUGAAGGACAAGAAGAGACUGGGAUAUGGGUGCAUCAGCCAGGAACUGAAGUCUCACAGAUUUGGGAGCCGAGGAAAGGCAAGAGUCGAUGCGCUGACAACAACAUACGUGGAGUUACUCUUGAGGCUUCUACUGGUAGUAACGAAAGCAGCAGUCCUGAUGAGAACCAGGAAGGGAAGAACAAAGCGAGGUCUGUUGGUAAAGGAUUGAAGAAAGUUUUUCAUAGGAAUGGGAAGAAGGAAGAGUCUGGGAACGUGGAGGAGGAUGUGAGGUCUCCUAGGGUCAACUUGAAGGCGUUGAAUCGAAAGGAUGUUGGUGUUAAGUACAUUGUUGAAGACCGUUUGUCUGGGCCUUUGACGGGGAGAAGUCCGAGAGGUGAGAGCUUUGGCUCUGAGGAUGGUCAGAACAAGGGGCAUAUGAAGGAUGUUGCCAAGAGCAUUCUGAAACACGCUGAGAAGUCUGCGAGGCAUAUAAAGCACGCGUUUUCACGUAAAGGGUCGAGGAAGUCGAGAGAUGAUGAGUGCUCAACGGUUCCUGAGAAUGAGUCUGUGUUUGGUUCAGAAUGUCAGUUUGAAUAUUCUGAUGAUGAUGAUACUGCACAUGGCAGUGUGCAGGGGACACCAAGAAAAGCAAAACCUCAAGGAGAUGUCGUUAGGGCAGGAGAAGAUGGUCUUGUGAAUACAUCAGCAAACUCUAAAGAAGAUUCUAGAGGUGUUACACAUAUGGAUGCUUCACCUGGAGCUGAGAAAGUCUCUACGCCAAAAAAAGUCCAAUGAUAGAAAAGAGAUAUAGGUAAUAAAAGGCUUGUUAAGUUGAGUAGUUUUAAAUUUACAACAAAGGAAAAUAUUGUACAGCUUUUGAGUUUUGAGUCUUAUGUUUUGGUUUACAGCCUUUAGAGUGUCUGUCUAAUCACUGGCUUUGAAACUAUUCUAAAUAUUCUCAAGCAAAUGCUCUGUCUUAAUAGAAAGAAGUUUGACCA